UUUUUAACCAUCCUAUCCAUUUUGUUUAUCCCCUUUUGAAACCUCAGUGAACUUCAGCUCUUUGCACGUUUUCUCAGCUACCUUUUUCAGCUACCUGUUUCUCAGCUACAUAAGUUUCAGUCUUUAAAAUUUACUUUGCUUCCAAAUUCAAAGAUGCUUCUGUCUAUUCUAAAUUUGAAUCCCAGCAUCACUACCUGUUAGCUCUGUGAUACUGGGAAAUAAUAGACUCUCUGAGCUUCAAUUUUAUAUCUAUGAAAUUGGGGGUAAUAAUCCUACUUCUCUUGCAAGUUGUUGGGAAUUGUUUGAGAUUUUACGCGUAGGUUGUUGAGCAGCGUCUGGCACAUUUUGAAUGCUCAGUGAGUACUGGCUGCUCUCACCUCCUCAUCAUUAUUACCAGUGGUAGCAGCCGAGGUAUUAUAAAUGUAUUCUCAUCAUAAUUAGGUUAAUCAUGGUUAAGAGUAAGGAUAUAGGGUCAGCGAACCUAAAUUUUAACCCCACCUACAUCGUCUACUUCCUGUGUAACCUUAGGGGAGCUGUUUAACUCUUAACUCAGUUUCUUCAUCUUGAAAUGUGGAUAACAAUAUGAUGCUUGGGAAGAAUUAAAUAAGAAAAUACACGAUAAUGCUUACAGCAGUGCCUCGCACAUAGUAUGUACUCAGUUAAUGGUUGUCAUUAGGUCUCUGGCCUUUCUCGGUCACCUUUUCCUCUUUUUAUUUGUCUCUGUUGUUUUCCCUGUCUCUUAGAUCUAGGUACUCUUCCAAGUCUGUACUUUCUUGGUCUGUAUCAACCAUACACUACAUGCCAGUGACAGCUGAAUCUACUUCUCAGGCUAUGACUUUUCUCCCAAGCUCUAUAUUGCUGUAUUUCUAGCUACCUGCUAGGCAUCUAAUCUAUCCCCUAAACAUUUCUUUUCUGUUUUCUGUCUUACUGAAACAUGAGAAUCAUCUUUGAUUUAUCCCUUGCCAUUAUCACAUCCCCCAGUACACACAAACCCAAGUGGUAACCAAGUUGUGUAAGUUUUAUCUGAGAAAUUUUCUUUAAAUCAGUCCCCUCAUUUUUAAUCCCAUCACUACUACCUUUGUUCAGGCCCUUACCACCUCUUAUCCAACCCUAACUGUCUUUUGAUUGUCCUUACUAUCCACUUCUCUGCAGCUCCAUGUUAUACAUUGCUGUCUGUGUUAUCUUCUUAAAAUACUCGUAUGAUCAGAAUCAUUCAUCUUAAAGCUCUUCGUUAAUUUCUACUUGCCUUCACGUUACAGCACAGGCAGACAGGAAUUUAUGUUAAGAAAUGUAAAAUUAAUCAUGAGUUAGGAAACCACUGAAGGAUUUUAAAGAGAAGUGUGACAUGAUCUUACUUACAUUUUUCAACUAUAUCUCUUCGCAUCUUUUAAGUAGUUGCCCUAGAGAUUGCAGUAUGCCUCUUCAACCUACCAUAAUCGUCCUUGCUUAAGUAUUACAAUAUGCGUCCUUGGAGUUAAUAUUAUACCACUGUAUAUAAAAUGUAAGAAUCUUGCAGCAGUAUAGUGUGGGAGCAAGAUCGUUUUUCUGUAUCCCAAACAUUCAGAUUUCUCUAUCUUUUGACCCUUGUUAUUUCCCCAAACUGCUCUUACAUUCCUCUUCUCUUCUCCAACAGACUUCUUGAAUAAAUAUCUACCAUAUUAGCUUCCUCUGCUUUCUUAUCAUCACAUAUUCUCUGACCCAUCCCAAUCUAAUUUCUGCCCCAUACACUAUCCUAAUUCUACCUCUGCAAAAGCAAUCUCAAGUUUAUUUAUUAACAAGUUGCCAGAUCUCAUGCCCUCUUCUUGGUUCUUAUUUCUCUUGAAUCUGUUACUGCUCAAUAAUAUUUGACACUGACAACCACUUCUUCCUUCUUAGACUUCCUUUCCUUUGACUGCUCUGACGCUGGACUCUCUAAUAUAGGUAGCAUGUUUUUGACUGAAUGCUUAGCCUUUAGUUGAACAGUGAAUGUAUGUAAGACUCCCAUCUCCCAAACUACAACACCCCUUCUCCUUAGAGAACUUCUAAAACACUUUGUCUGUAAUAUUUUUAAAAAUGGCUUGAAUGGUCUUAAAGCUGGGGUAGGAGUGGCUGCAUCUUUCCAGAAGAUGUGGUGGUUCUUGCCUGGGCUGCUUCCUGGCGCUUCUCUUGACUUUGCUUCACGCCCUGGGCACCCCGAGGUUCUGUUGCAACUGCUCUCACCAUUGCAGCCAUGAUCUCCUUACCGGACACCCAGAGAAUUGGAGUGGGAUUAACAGGAUAUGGAGUAUUUUUCCUGUUCUUUGGAAUGAUUCUCUUAUUUGACAAAGCACUACUGGCUAUUGGAAAUGUUUUAUUUGUGACUAGCUUGGCUUUUGCAAUUGGUUUACAAAGAACAUUCAGAGUCUUCUUCCAAAAACAUAACAUGAAAGCUACAGGAUUUUUCCUGGGUGGUAUAUUUGUUGUCCUUGUUGGUUGGCCCUUCGUAGGCAUGAUCUUUGAAAUUUAUGAUUUUUUUCUUGUUUUCAGGGGCUUCUUUCCUUUGGUCAUUGGCUUUAUUAGAAGAGUGCCAGUCCUUGGGUUCCUCUUGAAUUUACAUGGAAUUAGAUCAUUUGUUGAUAAAGUUGGAGAAAGCAACAAUAUGGUAGAAAGACAAGUGAAUUGGGGAUUCAUUUAAAAUGUUGUAUUAUUUAUAAAGUCCUUUGAAGAAUAUUCAGCCCAAAAUUAAAUUACAUGAAAUAGCUUGUAAUGUUUUUUACAGAAGUUUAAAACUUAGAUCCCACCAAGUACCAAUAGCAGUUAAAAAGCAAUGAAAGCAGUCUUCUAAUCAAGUGAUCUAAGAAGUCAGCAAGGAAACUGAAGGAGUGAAAUCUUUGUUACAACACAUAUUGAAACUCUUGAGGAUGAUUUUUAUUGUUUUUCUGCAGUGUGGGAAAUACAGCCAUCAUUGGAGAAAUGUGGUUCUGUUUCUUUUCUUUUUCUUUUGAAGAUGCAGGAGCACCCAUAGGCAUUUGCUUUUUGGAAAUAUCCACUGGAAUGGCAAAAGUAUUUCCAGUUGCAUUGUGUCUCUGAAAGUGAUAACAUGAGUUAGAUUGGAUUAUGUCAUUUUAAUGUAUUAAAGCCAAGGAAAACCCGGUUUUGAUGUAUGAAAGUCGUUCGACUUUUUUUUUUGGUAACAUGGUUAAAAUUUUUAAAA